AUGGACGCUCAAGCACCAUCGCUGGCCGCUGGCCACAACCUCUCGCGCUCGUCUUCCUCGUCUUCACUCUCUUCCUCUGCGCCGUCCGGGGCCUCGUCUUCGUCUCUGCGCUCGAGACGCUCCUCCAACCUGACGCUCGACCUCUCUGGCAUCGCACCCCCACAGACCUCCACCACCGCCGCGCCCGCACCGCUCCCCACAAACACUCUUUUGUUCACCAACCUCGUGCAUGCCGACAUCUUCCGCCCCGACAACCUCGCGACCAUCCGUGAUCUCGUGAGCCAGUCGGCCGCGAUUCACUCCUGGGCGCCUCUCAAGUCGUUCCGCCGCAUUGUGGCCUCGUUCUACUCGGCCGAGGACGCCGCCCGCGUACGCGCCGUCUGGGAAGGCGAGCGGAUUAUGGGCGCCGCGUGCCAGGUGUACUACGGCCGGGCCACGCCGCUGGGCGAUGCCACUGCGGCCGGCCACCUGGCCUUGCCCGACGCCGGCAAGCUCUUCUUUAUCAGCCCGCCCCCGAGCCCGCCGCACGACUGGGAGAUGCGCCUCGAGGGGGCACCCAACAAGCAGGUGCACGCCGAGGACCUGGCGGACGCGCUGGCCAAGCUGCACCACCAGGCCGCCGACGAGCAGCCCGACGAGGGCGACGCCAAGAUGCACGAGGACCUGGGCAUGCAGUCCCCAGCAAGCGAAUCCGGCGUCAGCCCGACCCAUGCGGCAAAACGCACUGGCCGCAGCCGCAGCCGCAGCUCCACGCUCGUCAUCUACCAGCCGGCCGAGCACAGCACGCACUCGGACCUGCCCGCGAUUGCCGUCGAGGACAUGACCGACGCCAACACGGACGAGGAGCUCAACAGCGCCACGUGGCAGUCGUCGGCCGCACCCCUGGCCGUCCAGAAGCCUCUCAUGGCCCAUACCGCCCGGCCGCCGGUCGAGCUGAUGCAGGAUGCAUAA